GGUAACGUUCAGGCCUAAGUUCUCUCUCUCUUUAAAAAUCGAGAGUCAGUGAUCAAACAAGAUAUCCUCCCAUGGCUGCGACAACGAGUUCCAGCGACGACCCACCCGAACCGAAAACGCCGACGCAACUGAUUCCAUCGCUACCAGACGACGUCGCCCUAAACUGUCUAGCACGCGUCUCCAGAUGCCACCAUCCAAACCUCUCACUCGUCUCCAAGACGUUCCGCUCCCUCCCCAAAUCCCCUCUCCUCUACGCCGCCAGAUCCCUCGCCAACUCCACCGAGAACAUCCUCUACGUCGCCAUCCGCAUACCCCCCGAAACAGGCCCCCGCUGGUUCACUCUCCUCCGCACGAAGAAGAACUCUCAUCUCCUCGUCCCCAUCCCUUCUUGUCCUUCCCCCUCCCUCGUCGGAUCCGCCUACGCCGUCGUGGGAUCCGAGAUCUACGUCAUCGGCGGAUCCGUUAAAGACGUGGCGUCCUCGAGCGUGUGGGUUCUCGAUUGCAGGUUUCACACGUGGCGACGAGUCUGUAACAUGAGGGUAGGUCGCGAGUUUGCAGCGGCUGGUGUGAUUGACGGGAAGAUCUACGUGAUUGGAGGGUGUGUGGUUGAUAAUUGGGCCCGUUCGAUUAACUGGGCCGAGGUGUUUGAUGUGAAGAGUCAGACUUGGGCCGCGGUGGCGAGUUCUGGACUGGAGGUGCGUGAGAAGUGGAUGCACGCGAGCGCGGUUCUGGAAGGGAGAGUCUACGCGAUGGCCGAUAGAAACGGCGUCGUUUACGAGCCCGAGGGAGGGGAGUGGGGUGUGCCUGAGAAGAGGCUUGAUUUGGGGUGGAGAGGGAGGGCUUGCGUGAUUGAGGAUGUUCUGUACUGUUAUGAUUACUUGGGGAAGAUUAGAGGGUAUGAUCCGAAGGGGAGGGUUUGGAGAGAGGUGAGAGGCGUUGAGUCGCUUCCGAAGUUUCUUUGCGGUGCUACGAUGGCGAAUCGAGGCGGGAAGCUUGCGGUUUUGUGGGAAGGGAAGGCGGGGAGUGGCGGUUGUAGGAGGAUGGAGAUUUGGUGUGCUGAGAUUGAGGUUGAGAGGCGUGGUGGAGGAGGAGGAGGAGGGGAGAUUUGGGGGAAGGUAGAGUGGUGUGAUACUGUGUUUACGGUUCCUAAUGAUUCUGCCAUUGUGAAUUGCUUAGCAGCUACUGUUUGAUUGAUGAUACAUACAUACAUGUUUACUCUCUCUCUCUCUCUCUCUCUCUGGAGCAUCACCGUACAUGUCUGUUUCUGAUUGGUUCUGCUGUGUGUCUGUGAGUAGCUAUCAUUGUGAUUUUGAGUGCUUUGUCUGAAAUGGUGAAUUGACAAUGAGUGUAGCUUGGCCUGAGACCCUGAGCCAAGUAUAAUACAGCUGGCAAGUGUAAUGAAAGUUUAUGUACUCGUCUCAUUUCGUAUGUUUCUAAUAAGACGGUUAGAUUGGCUCGUUAA